AUGUUGUCCCCCACACCCUCGAACCUGACUCCACAGGUAGCUUACACCAGCACACAGACUCGCAUUCAGUCUUUUGUUCGAGACAUACAAAACUACGACCAACAACUUAGCAAGCUGUUGGACAAUUUGCAAGGAAUGAUUAACGACGUGGAGUGUCUCUAUCGACAUUAUGAUCACAUCACCAAAGAGAAAGUUCAUCUCGAUUUGAUAUUGGAAAAGGCUGAGGAGAACAUUCGGGAUGUUCGUCGCAUUGUCGACCGCUAUAGCGUCGUCAAGGACGCCGUUGUUGCAAGCGACGGCUUUACGUACGAGCGGGAUGUUAUAACAGAGUAUAUCGAAAGCUGCAAGAAGGGCGGUGGCACACCCAUAUCUCAUCAGACGGAUGUACCCAUGACCUCUCUUUUGAUUCCUAACCGCUCCCUUAAGAGGCUUUUGGACAGCCUUACAGAGUUACUUAACGCAAACACUACGCAUUUCUCCACUGAGGGAGGCGAUAAUGCACCAAACAAGCCCAGUACUAUUGACACCAAGGGCGAUGUGCCUUCUACUGCUGUAGGAGCAGGGGCAACCAGUAGCCUUUCGGCAAACCAGGAUUCAAGUUCAGGAGGAAACAACAAUAAUCGGAACGCUGUUGAAACAAAUGCUUUGGGGGAGCGUUUACAUCCGUGUAUUCGAGUCUAUGGCUUUUGCAACUACAAGGGCAGUUGCUCCUAUGCCAAAUACCCAUAUGAUGCCUGUCUCUCUAACCUAAAGGGUCGGUGUCGCUUCCGCAACCAUUGUCACGAGCGACAUGUCGAAUUCCGUGGCCCGCUCGACGACUAUGGUAAACCCGCUAGCGAACCAAACAACAAUAUCAGCAACAACUACGGUAUUCAAAAUACUUCUGGUGGUGCAGAGGACACUGCGGCUCGACAAAAGGAAAAGGCUGAGACACAUUAA